AUGUUUGACGAUCCAACGGUCGAGAUUCAGAAUCUUUCGGCGCUCGUCUCACAAGACCUCUCCGCGCUUGAAGCCGCGAUUUCCGGCCUACAAGCGUUUUGCGCAGCGCAGGCGGGACCGGCGGCGGGAAACGCGGCGAGCUCGGCGGGAACGGAUGCUGCGACUCGGCAGCGCAUCGACCUGGGAAUGGCGGUGGUGGAGAGCCUGCGAGAGCGACUCGCGAAGGCAGGGGAGGAGUUUAAAGACGUCCUCGCGUCGCGAUCAGAGGCCCUGAAAGUGAGCGAGAAUCGGCGGCAGCUCUUCUCCGCUACAGCCGCCACGGGCCAGAGCGCUACAGCCUGGCACAGCAAGCGCCCCGUGGUAGGAGCCGGCACCGCGCUCCUUCCCACCACCUCCUCCUCCUCCCUCUCCUCCCUCUCCCUCGCCUCCUCCCCCUCCGGCUCCCCCUCAUCCUCCCCCUCCUCCACCCUCCCGGUCUACAACCCGUUCGGGCGAGCCACCCCCGCAGCCACCACCGGCAACAGCCACACCGGUUACAAUCCGAGCAAGAGCAACGUUAACGGUAACGGUAACAGCUUGUUACCGACGUACUGCACGUCUGCUUCGGGCAGCAGCGUUCAGCAGGCAGCGGUUGCGAGUGAGCAGCACGCGGUGGUGCUACAGCAGGUGGAGAGCAGUAUGGGCGAGCUGACUGCUGUGUUCCGGGACCUGGCGAAUACGGUGGCGCAGCAAGGGGGCGCGCAGGGCGCGCAUGUGAAGGGGGAAGGCGCUGCUGACCUGGCCAUCUGGUGA